AUGUCGUCAACCAACGGCACGCCGGAAGUGAACUUGGGGGUGUCUCAGCCCGUCAAGAAGCAAUUCAUCCUGAACGCCUUUGUCGAGACGUGCUCAGGUCACCAGUCACCGGGGCUGUGGAAGCACCCCGCGGACAAGUCGCACGAAUUCAACAAGCUGUCGCACUGGACCGACCUCGCUCAGCUCCUCGAGCGCGGCAAGAUCCACGGCAUCUUCAUCGCUGAUGUGCUAGGCGGCUACGAUGUGUACCGUCAGUCGCUCGAUCCGGCCAUCCGCUCGGGCGCGCAGUGGCCAGUGCACGAGCCUCUGGCGUCGAUCCCGGCCAUGGCAGCCGUGACCAAGUCGAUCGGCUUCGGAGUGACAGUGUCGACGACCUACGAGCAGCCGUACCACCUCGCCCGGCGGCUGUCGACGCUGGACCACCUGACCGACGGGCGGCUGGGCUGGAACAUCGUGACAUCGUACCUGGACUCGGCGGCGCGGAGCAUGGGAAUGACCGCCCAGCCGCAGCACGACGACCGCUACGCCAUGGCCGAGGAGUACAUCCAGGUCAUGUACAAGCUGUUUGAGUCGUCGUGGCGCGACGACGCCGUUAAACUCGACCGCAAGACCGGCGUGUACACAGACCCAGCGCUGGUUCGCCAGAUCAACCAUCAGGGCAAGUUCUACACCGUACCCGGGCCACACAUCUGCUCGCCGUCGCCACAGCGCACGCCGCUGCUCCUGCAGGCCGGCACGAGCUCCAAGGGCAAGGAGUUCGCGGCGCAGCACGCCGAGGCCAUCUUCGUGUCAGCGCACGCACCGGAGGCGUGUAAGGCGAGCAUCGCGGACGUCCGACGACUGGCGCGAGACAAGUUCGGACGGGACCCGGGCAGCAUCAAGGUGCUCGCGCUGGUGACGCCGAUCCUGGGCCGGACCGAGGAGGAGGCGCGGGCCAAGUACGCCGACUACGCGCAGUACGCGGACCUGGAGGGCGCGCUGGCGCUGUUCGGCGGGUGGACGGGCAUCGACCUGGCGCGGUACGGCGAGGACGAGGAGCUGCGGUACGUGGAGAGCAACGCGGUGCGGGCGACGGUCGAGAGCUACGCGCGCUUCAGCCCCGGCGUGGCGGCGGCGGCGGCAGGAGGCAAGUGGACGCGACAGACAAUCGCCGAGCACGUCAGCAUCGGCGGCAACGGGCCCGUGCUGGUGGGCACGCCCGCGCAGGUGGCCGACGGGCUGCAGACUUGGGUCGACGUGGCCGACGUCGACGGUUUCAACAUCGCCUACGCCGUCUUCCCGGCCAGCUUCGAGGACGUGGUCGAGCUGCUGGUGCCCGAGCUGCGCGCCCGCGGCCUGUUCUGGGACGACUACGCCGUGCCGACCGGCACGUACCGGGAGAAUUUCUACGCGACGCCGGGCCAGAAGGGGCCGCGGGACGAGCAUGUCGCGAGUCGGUAUCGGUGGAGGGAAGGGGUGGCGGCGGAAGAGCACGAGAUUCCGAAUUAG